AAAAACUUCUAACCCUAAUCCCUCCCUUCUUAAGAGCUCCACUUAUCUCUCUCUCUCUUAAGUAAUUAGCUUAUAUUGUCGUUAAUUUCUUAAGUAAAGAGAACAAUUGCAUAUAUGUUUUGGGUUUUUCUCCAUUUUACUCUUUCUUGAACGAAUCAGCUCCAACUACUGCAUAUAUAAUUUCUGGUAUGUUGUUGCCGAUUUUGGGGCUUCUGAUUUUUGAAGGAAAUAGGGUAAUGUUGUUACCGAUUUUUGGUAUGUUGUUGCCGAUUUUGGGGCUUCUGAUUUUUGAAGGAAAUAGGGUAAUGUUGUUGCCGAUUUUCGGUAUGUUGUUGCCGAUUUUGGGGUCUUAUGAUUUUGAGGCUUUCAUGUUGGUUCUGCUGCUUUGGCUUAUUUCUUUUCUAAACAGAUGGGUUUUUAUUGUUCUUAUAUUGUAGUUUGUAUUUUUGUGGCUUGUAUUAUGUUAAUAGGGUCUCUUUCUUAAGAAUUCAUUGAUUGGUGAGAUACAUGGGUUCUUCCAAUUUGUCGUAUUCUUUAAAUUCCAGCAACUUUUGCUAUGGAUGUGAACCCUAACUUUUGGUUUUAGUGUUCACAAAACAAAUUAACUAGUCAAGCCUUAUAUUUUUUCAUGAAUUAAAGUAAACUUGUAUGUAUUAAAACUGAAAAGGAAAAAGGAAAAGAAAACUGUAAAAGGAAAAGGAAAAGAAAUCCAAUGCAUUAAACUUGUAUUUAUAGUUAAAACCAACACUCUCUCUCAUAUGUAUUAUUCUUCAUGAGGAUAAUAAAUAAUUUUUAUUACUUUGUUACUUUUGUAACUUUGUUGUAAUAUAUUUAUUAUUUUGUAGAGAUUCAUGUAUAAUUUCUUUUAUUAGGUUAUAGAAUCUAUCAUAAUGGACAGAAGUUGGAUUACGGAGUCAAGGUAAUUUAAAUUUUAGUCUCGUCAAUUUUCAAAAAAAUAAUAAAUAAAUAAAGCUUAAUUCUCAUUUUGGUUUAGAUAUUUACGAUGAAUUCAUUUUUACUUUUGUCUUUCUUACUAUACAAAUAGGAUAAGUACUACAUACUCAAAUGGAGUUGAACAAUUUCUAGAUACAUCGUUUGAGCGAGUUGGGCAGAGUGGACGCAUAUAUUGUCCUUGUAACAAUUGUGGGAAUUGUAUCAAGAAAACACGACAAGAAGUUUUGGAUGACUUGAUGUGGAAUGGGUUUAUCCAAACAUACACAACUUGGAUUUAUCAUGGAGAACAAUUACCUUCGUCUUCUAGGCAUAAUGAUGGGCACACCUUAUACGAGCACAUCGACUCCAAUGUAAAUAAUGAUGACAUGCACGAACUCUUAUAUGAGGGUUUUGGAAUUCAAAAUGAAAUGGGUGAACAAGCUGAUAGGGAAAAUGAGUAUCAUCAGGGCCCUAAUGAAGAGGCAGAUAAGUUUUACAAGCUUCUAGAUGAUGGAAAAACAGAUCUAUAUCCUGGGUGUAAAAACUUUACGAAGUUGUCUUUUAUAGUGAAACUAUAUUUGUUGAAAACUUUGCAUCAUUGGACUGAUAAAUCAUUUAGUGAGUUGCUAAUGUUUUUGAAAGAUGUACUACCAGAAGGUGAGACACUGCCAAAAUCUUUUUACGAGACAAAAAAGAUAAUUAGUAACUUAGGUCUCAAGUAUGAUAAGAUUGAUGCAUGUCCCUUUGAUUGUAUGUUGUACUGGAAGGAGCACGCUAAUGAUGAAACAUGUCAUAAAUGUGGCAAGUCUAGGUGGAAGGAUUUUGACACUCAUUCCGAGGGCAGUACAAGUACAUCACCCCGAUCAAAAAAGACAAAAAUUCCAGCCAAAGUUAUAAGGUAUUUCCCUCUUAAGUCAAGACUUCAACGGUUGUUCAUGUCAAAUAAAACAGCUUCAGAUAUGCGAUGGCAUGAGGAAGAACGCAUAAAAGAUGGAAAAUUAAGACAUCCUGCUGACUCUCUAGCGUGGGAUCAUUUUGACAAAAAGUAUCCAGAGUUUGCUAGGGAUUCUAGAAAUGUUAGACUUGGCCUAGCAUCAGACGGUUUCAACCCAUUUAGGACUAUGAGUAUUGCACAUAGUACAUGGCCUGUUGUUCUUGCUGUAUACAACUUGCUAGGGUGGAUGUGCAUGAAACAACCUUUUUUCAUACUGUCCACCUUAAUCCCUGGUCCUAAGGGUCCUGGAAAUGAUAUUAAUGUAUAUUUGCAGCCCUUGAUAGAAGAAUUAAAGGAAUUGUGGGUUGAAGGGGUGGAUACCUAUGAUACGUCGAGAAAAGGGAUGUUUCGCAUGCAUGCAGCGUUAUUGUGGACUAUAAGUGACUUUCCUGCUUUUGCAAACUUAUCUGGUUGGAGUACAAAGGGGUAUUUGGCUUGUCCAGUUUGUCUUAAAGACACUUGUUCUUGUAGGUUAAAGCAUAGCAAAAAAAUUUGUUAUACAGGCCAUAGGCGUUUUGUUGAGUAAUGUCAUAGAUUCAGACGCAAUAAAGCAGCUUUUGACGGAACAGAAGAGACUAGAUGUGCACCACCUAUGUUAUCUGGAACAGAAGUGCUACAUGAACUAGAGGGCAUUAGUUUUCCAGCAUUUGGGAAAGGGGAUGAUGGCAAGGGGAAUGUUGCACAAGUGGAUGAAAUAGAUGAAAAUCCAAUGUUCAAUUGGAGGAAGAAGAGUAUAUUUUUUGAAUUGCCUUAUUGGGAGCACCUUCUUAUUCGUCAUAAUCUUAAUGUGAUGCAUAUUGAGAAGAAUAUAUGCAACAAUGUACUUUAUACUUUGAUGAAUGAACCAGGUCGAGGAAAGGAUGGUUUAAAAUCAAGACUCGACUUGUAGGAGAUGCAAAUAAGGCAUUCACUUCACCCCCAGGAACGUGGUGCAAACAAAUAUUAUUUGCCUUCAGCAAGUUACACAAUUUCUCCACUUGAAAAGAAAAUCUUUUGUCGGGCGUUGAAAAAAGUUAAAGUUCCAGAUGGAUAUGCAGCUAACAUAUCACGUUGUGUGAAAUUGAAAGAGCGAAAAAUUAGCGGUUUAAAGAGCCAUGAUUCCCAUAUCCUAAUGCAACAACUAUUACCAGUAUCCAUUCGCAAGCUAUUGCCAAAGAAUGUAUGCUCUACACUUGUUGAGUUGAGUAACUUUUAUAAGGAAUUAUGUUCAAAAACUCUCAUACCGGCUGAGUUGGACAAUUUGCAAAAUAAGAUUGCUUUAACACUUUGUAAAUUGGAAAUGAUAUUCCCACCAUCUUUUUUUAAUGUGAUGGUCCACUUAUCAAUUCACUUAGCUCAGGAAGCAAAGAUCGCAGGACCAGUGCAAUAUCGUUGGAUGUAUCCAUUUGAGAGGUAUCUUUUAACCUUAAAAAAUUAUGUGCGCAAUAGAAGUCGCCCAGAGGAUUCAAUUGCAGAUGGGUAUUUAGCUGAGGAAUGCUUAAAUUUUUGUUCAAGAUACCUAGCAAACGUGGAGACAAGGUUCAAUAGGCCCUCAAGGAAUGAUGACAACCUUGAUGAUGGAGAAGAGAUGUCUACUUUUGGCCCUAGAGGUCGUGCCUUAAGAAAACAGGAGAUGAUUGUUUUAGAUGAUGAUUGUCAAACACAAGCUCAUCGGUAUGUGUUAUUUAACUACGACGGAGCUACACAAUUCAUUGAAAAGCAUAAGAAAUUUCUUAAAAGAAGGCAACGGAAUUUAAAGCCACGACAAAUACAAUCAAUGUCUCAUCUAUCAUUUCAUAAGUGGUUUAAUGAAUGUCUGCGGAAUACGGAGGAUCCUAUCCCUAAUGAGAUUCGAUGGCUAGCUCGGGGUCCUAAUGUCGUUUCCAAACGAUUUAAGUCGUUCGUGAUUAAUGGGUUUAAGUUUAAUGUUAGAGAUCAUGAUAAUCAGAGGAAGACCCAAAAUAGUGAUGUUGUUUUAAAAGCACACACAUCAAGUUAUGCAAGAGCCAGUGAUCAAAAUCCUAUUGCAGGAAAUGUUCAUUACUUCGGAUUAUUGAUUGAUAUCAUUGAGUUGGACUACAAUGAAGAAAGGAAGGUUGUAUUGUUCAAUUGUGAUUGGUUUGAUGUACUCUCUAAGGGUAGAGGGAUAAAGGAGGAUGAUUUUGGGUUUACGCUCGUUAAUUUUUCACGUGUAAUGCGAACUGACGAACCAUUCAUUUUAGCAUCUCAGGCUGAGCAAGUGUUUUAUGUUCAAGACCCGGUUGAUACAGAUUGACAUGUUGUUAUAGGGACAAAACCUCGUGAUUUAUAUGAUAUUCCUGAAGAUGAUACUGAGACCUAUGGAUUUGAGCAACCAUUUAGUUCUAUACACUCGGAUGCAACUGAUGAUCACAUUCAUUGGGAUAGAGGUGAUGUGCCUGGAACAAUGGUUGAUAAAUCUUCAUCAGCAAACACGGAAAAAGAAGAUAUUCUGGAUGAAUAACAUACUUAGAAUGAUGAUAAUUUUUUCUUAAAUGUUGCAUUUUCUUAUUUUUCAUCUUUUUUUUGGCUUCGUGCUUAUGGAAUAUUAUGAUUUUUUUUCCAUCUCUCCCUCCCUUACUCAUUUUCUUAUAACUUGGUCAGUAAAAAGAGUAUACAUAAUAUUAGUUAUUUAUUUAUUUUUUUUAACAUAUUUCAAAUUGAUAUUGUCCUAAAACAAAUAAAACUGUGGUACUAUCAUACUUAAGUAAAUUUAUACUUCCUUCUUGCAUAUUCUAAUUGUUCUCAAGUGUGUUACUUUUCCAAAUUUUGAUGUUUUUGAAGACCUAAUAUAUUCAGCCUAAAUUUCAUCUUAACUACCAGCUUGAAUAAACAUGGCAACAAAGGUUUGUUAGCUUUAUGCAGGAACAUAAUGAAACGUAGGGCAACAACAAACUUGGAAUUAGAAUUGCAUGGAGGACUUUCUCAGGGUUCAAAUUCGCAGUUCCAUACUUCCCAUGGUUCACAAGAAGAGGACGUGGGGACUACUGAAAGCAAUGAGUUAAUAACACCGAAGAAGACUUGAGGACCCACACGCUGCGCAAAUGUGGUACAACAUGACACCAAAAAGAAUGGCCUGAUACCAUUAAGCUCCCUUGAACUAUAAAAAUUGGAGGAAAGUCCCUGAAAUAGUUAAAGAGGACAUGUGGACGACGGUCCGGGGCAAGUUUGCAGUAGAAGAAAUCUCAAAAGAUUGGACAUUAUCAUCCCUUGGUCAUAAAUGGAGAGAUUGGAAGAGUGAAAUUAAAAGUAACUAUUAUAAAAUUUGGCGUACAGAUGAACAACGAUAUGCAAAACCCACCACCAAGUGUUGAGGAGGACCAAUGGGAUUAUCUCAUUAGAUAUUGGCGUACAGAGGCAGCACAGAAACAAAGCCAACAAAAUGAAGUAAAUCGCUCUAAGCAAACAAUGCUGCACACAACUGGGACAAUGAGUUAUGCGUGGAAGGCUGAAAAGAUGAAGUUGGAAUUAGGGAAGGCGCCAACUCGUGCUCAACUAUUUUGCGCAACACAUAAGAGCAAGAAGGAUGGCAAAGCUAGUGAUGAACAUGCUGCCAAAAUGAUUACACAACUAGAAGAGCUUGCUGCAACUCAGCCUUUUAACCCAGAUGAACCUUCACCCUAUGAUUUUUAUGCCCAAGUUAGGGGAGAAGAAAGAAGGGGCCGUGUUCGGAUGUAUGGCUUGGGACCUACGCCAACUAGUCUUUGGGGGCCAUCUCCUAGUAAAGCGGAGCUGAUAAGGAGGACCUCACAAGCAGAGGAAGUGGCACGUCGUGCUCGUGCAGAAAUGAAUGAGAAAGUGGACAAGAUGCGUGCCGAGUAUGAUGAAAAAUAUGAAGCUUUGAAUGCAAAGAUGGCUAUGAUUUUGCGUCAUAUCGAAAAUCAAAAUUCUAAUGUACAGGUACCCGGCUCCUCAACUACUACACUUGGUGAUCCUUAAACUUUAUUUUUGGUCAUGGAAUUUCAUCCUUGGGCAAUUUGAAGGAAGACGAGAGAUGAAAUUGAACCAUUAAUUCUCAAGGCCCUCGCAUAGUCUCACUCAAAUUCUCAAUGAAAUUUUGAUGUUUUAUUUUGCAUGAUUUCCUUUUGAACCUUUUAUUAGCACUUGACAUUUUGAAACAAAACUUAGAUGUUAUGGGAUGUUAUUGAAUUUUAAUGCAACUUUCUUUGUUCUAUGUUAUAUAUCAAAUUUAAGUUGUUGGA